CGCGUCGACCGCGCACCGCGGCGGCCGUGCAGGCGCGCACAACCAACGCCACGCCACGAAAACAGACCGGCCGACACAUGGAGGCACCAUGGCGCUCCCCGCAUCUCCUCGGCCUCGUGCUCGCACUACUUCCCAGCUGCUGCCUCCUGACCCGCGCGGCCGCGCAGGAUGACGCGUGGCUGCUGCUCGAGAUCAAGCGCGCGUGGGGCGACCCGCCCGUGCUGGCCGGGUGGAACGCCUCGGCCGCGGGCGCGCACUGCGCGUGGCCGUACGUGGCGUGCGACACGGCCGGGCGUGUCGUGAACCUGACACUCGCCAGCGCCAACGUCGCGGGGCCCUUCCCGGACGCCGUCGGUGGCCUCACCGGCCUCACGUACCUCGACGUCUCUAGCAACAACAUCACCGGCGUGUUCCCCACCACGCUCUACCGCUGCUCUGCGCUUCAGUACCUCGACCUGUCCUGGAACCAUCUUGGCGGAGAGCUCCCCGCGGACACCGGCUCCCGCCUGGGGACGAACCUGACCACGCUGGUGCUCAGCGGAAACAGGUUCAACGGCACAAUCCCAGCGUCGCUCUCCAGCCUCCGGAAUCUCCAGAAUCUCAAGCUGGACGACAACAAACUCAUUGGCACCGUCCCAGCGGAGCUCGGCAAGCUGACGAGGCUUCAGACGCUAUGGUUGGCGUACAACCUGUUCGACGCGGGGGAGCUGCCGGCCUCAUUUAAGAACCUGACCAACAUGACUAGUCUCUGGGCAACGCAGUGCAAGCUCGUCGGUGACUUCCCGAGGUUUGUCGCGGACAUGCCGGAGUUGGAGGUGCUGGACCUGUCCAUCAACACGCUGACCGGAAGCAUACCUCCGUGGAUUUGGAGCCUCGAGAAAUUGCAAUCCUUUGCAGUUUACAGGAACAACCUCACCGGCGACUUGGUGGUUAAUGACUUCGCCGCUAUGGGCUUAACAUUAAUCGAUGUUUCAGAGAAUUAUAAGCUUACUGGAGUUAUCCCGGAAGUCUUUGGGCACUUGGAGAACCUCACAACAUUGUCCCUCUUCAGCAACAACUUCUCCGGCGAGAUACCAGCCAGCAUCGGCCGGCUGCCAUCAUUAUCGGUAUUGAGGCUUUAUAGUAACAGGUUUACUGGUAUUCUCCCGCCAGAACUUGGGAAGCACUCGACCUUUACUUAUAUGGAGGUUGACGACAAUGAGCUAAUUGGCACAAUUCCAGAAGGGCUAUGUGCCAGAGGCCAGUUCACGACGCUCACUGCCCAGGGCAACCACUUGAACGGAUCCAUCCCGGAAGCCCUGGCCAACUGCACCAGUCUGCGCGGCCUGGCGCUAAACGAUAACCAGCUAAUUGGCACAAUUCCAGAAGGGAUAUGUGCCGGAGGCCAGUUCAGGACUCUCCAUGCUAAGGGCAACCACUUGAACGGAUCCAUCCCGGAAGCCCUGGUCAAGUGCACCAGUCUGCGCGGCCUGGUGCUAGACGAUAACCAGCUCUCUGGCGAGGUGCCCUGGGCUCUAUUGACGACAGGGAUUAUAACCUUGUCCCUCCACAAUAACAGGCUCACCGGAAGACUGUAA